GCUUCUUCCUGCUGCCAUCUACAUAUAGAAGGGCGCGCGACAGCCGUAAAAACAGCAGCUGCAUAGGCAGGAAUUCUGGGUAAGAUACAUGAAAGAGAAAAUGAAAGCUGAGCACACCGCAGAAACCCGAGUGAUGCAGCAGAUCUGAAGGUUAAGAGUUCCUUCAAGAUGCAAUGCUGACAUCAUAGGUGCUCUUAUCUCUGCUGAUGUCAAGUUAUGUUAUUUUAAUUUACACAUUUUGCAGUCAUUCCCUUCUAUGAUGUCGCCGUCAACUUUAGCUCUUCUGCUGACUCUCGUCAUUAAGGCCAGUCUUGCCGUAGAAGCCAAAGACACCGUGAGAGAGAAAGCCCAUGUAGCUCUGAAUGGCCUUCCAUUUCCAUGGAGCAAACUCCGACUGCCAAACUAUGUGAUACCCAUCCACUACCACAUGCUCAUACACCCCAACCUGACCACACUCAGAUUCAACGGCUCAGUCAGGAUUGAGAUUGACGUCAAGAAUGAUACCAACUGGAUUGUACUGCACAGCAAAAACCUCACCAUCAAGACAGCAACCAUCCUGGAUGAGAGUGAGGCCUACCAAUCAGAGAAGCUUCUGCCCGUGCUGGAGUACCUGCCCCAUGAGCAGAUUGCAGUUUUCUCUCCAAAAAUAUUGAUUGCAGGGGAAAAGUAUUUCCUUCAUCUUGAAUUUGCUGCUCCAUUAGCUGAUGGAUUUUACGGCCUAUACAAGAGUUCGUACAAAACAAAAACGGGGGAAACAAGAAUAUUGACAUCCACACACUUCGAGCCCACAUUUGCACGGAUGGCCUUUCCAUGUUUUGAUGAGCCGAAUUUCAAAGCCAACUACUCCGUUAGGAUAAGAAGAAAUCAGGAACACAUUGCACUGUCCAACAUGCCCAUUGAACAAACGGUUGCCCUGGAGGGAGGUCUGUUUGAGGAUCACUUUGAAACGAGCGUGCGGAUGAGCACCUAUCUGGUGGCCUUCGUUGUCUGUGAAUUCAAGUCAGUCAGUGGAAGAACCUCGUCUGGCAUUGACGUCUCAGUAUACGCCAUUCCUGAUAAGUGGGAUCAGACACAAUAUGCGCUGCAAGCUGCAAUUAAACUUUUGGAGUUCUAUGAGAAUUAUUUUAAUAUCUUAUAUCCCCUCCCAAAGCAAGAUCUAAUUGCCAUCCCUGAUUUCCAGUCAGGCGCCAUGGAGAACUGGGGCCUGACUACCUACAGGGAAACAUCCCUUCUCUAUGACCCUGAGACCUCAUCUGCCUCUGACAAGCUGUGGGUGACCCUGGUGAUUGCCCAUGAACUAGCUCACCAGUGGUUUGGUAAUCUUGUCACAAUGGAAUGGUGGAAUGACAUCUGGCUAAAUGAAGGAUUUGCGCGAUACAUGGAGAUUGUCUCUGUUGAAGCCACAUUCCCCGAGAUGAAAGUGGAGGAACAUCUACUGGACACCUUCUUUGUUGCCACUGGUCGGGAUUCCUUGAACUCCUCCCGACCCAUAUCCUGUGAGGCUGAGAACCCCACCCAGAUAAAAGAAAUGUUUGAUACUGUGUCCUAUGAAAAGGGAGCCUGUAUCCUGCACAUGCUCAGACACUUCCUGACAGAAGAUGUCUUCCAGAGUGGCAUUGUCCGCUACCUAAAGAGGUUUAGCUACAAAAAUGCCAGAAAUGAGAACCUCUGGGAGACCCUUGCUAAUACAUGUAGUGCUGAUGAUUUUACAUCUGGGGAGUUCUGCUAUAGUCGCGACCAAGCACCCAAGAACGCAUACCGUUUUGCUGGGGAGCACUGGGACCUGAAGUCCAUCAUGAACACAUGGACCCUCCAGAAGGGCAUACCUGUGGUCAUCGUAUCUCACCAGGGCUCCAUGUUGAAACUUAGGCAGGAGCGCUUUAUUAAGACUGCACGACCCAGUGACCCUUCGUGGCAGUCUCUACAGCACGGAUACCUGUGGCAUGUUCCUUUAACAUACAUAACAAGCAACUCCAAAAAUGUAAACAGACAUUUACUGCAAACAAAGUCAGACACUAUUGAGCUGGCACAGGAAGCUAGCUGGGUGAAGUUUAACUCUGACAUGAAUGGAUACUACAUCGUCCACUAUGAGGGAGAUGGUUGGGACACACUUAUAAGGCUCUUGAAGGAGAACCACACAGCUCUGAGCUAUAAGGACAGAGCCAACCUCAUCCACAAUGCCUUUCAGCUUGUGAGUGCAGGAUAUCUGUCUCUUGAUAAAGCUCUGGACCUGACUACCUAUUUGAAGGAUGAGACCCACAAUGUUCCCUUGCUGCAAGGCCUUGGCUACUUGGAAAGCUUCUACAAAUUGGUGGAGCACAGAAACAUCAGUGAUGUCAUGCAGAACCUCAAAGCAUACAUUCUGCAGUACUUCAAAGCUGUGAUUGCCAAGCAGACAUGGAGCGACGAGGGAUCCAUCUCAGACCGGAAACUGCGCUCUCACAUCCUUUCCCUUGCGUGUGACCUUCGCUUCCCCCCCUGUGUCGAAAAAGCAAACCACCUCUUUAAUGACUGGAUGACAUCGAAUGGCAAAAUCAGCUUACCCAGUGAUGUGGCUGAGACGGUUUAUUCGGUUGGGGCACAGAGACAUGAUGGCUGGGGCUACCUUUUGGAUAAGUAUAGCCACUCCUUAUCAGAGGCGGAGAAAGACAAAAUCCUGGAUGCUUUAUCGAGCAGCAAGGACUCUGAUAAAUUGUCAAGGUUGCUGGAACUCGGCAUGGAAGGAGUUGUGAUCAGGAUGCAAGACUUGUCCAAACUAAUCUACACUGUGGCCAGUCACCCCACGGGUCGAUUCCUUGCUUGGGACUUUGUGAAAAGGAAUUGGAAUGCACUGGUGGAGAAAUUUCAGCUGGGAUCAUUCUGUAUAAGGAAUAUUAUAAUUGGUACAGCUGCUCAAUUUUCAUCUAAAGAGGAACUCCGUGAGGUCAAAGCUUUUUUUGACUCAAUAAGGGAACAAUCUUCCCAACUGCGGGCCACUCAGGUGGCCUUGGAGAAUGUGCAGAAGAACAUUAUGUGGUUGGAGAAGAACCUUGAAUCCCUGAGAACUUGGCUGCAAAACCACAACCAAUGAAUUUCAUACUGGAACAAAACACUGACCUGCCCUGUCAGUAUGACUGCACCCUCCAUUGUGCAAGGACUAAUAUGUGUUUAACUGUCUGAUUUUUUCUAAGACAUGACUAAGGUCUGGCAUCUUUCAGUAGUUCUCAAAUGUCUUGUUUUACAUUAUCAUGAAAUGACACACUCUGUCCCUGCAUUUCCACGACCAAGAAAAUAUCCAUGCCAACUAAAUGGCUGAAAAUGUAUUUUCUUAUGAGGCUUGAUAGCAAUACAGCAGAUGUCAAAUUACCCAUGAAAUUAUAUUUUUGAAGUGUUUUUGAAAGUAUUUUUUUGAUUUAAUAUGAGCCUUUUACUUAAUGAUGUGCUUUUUUCCUUAAGUAUUCUUGUAAUAAUGCUUGUAUUGUUACAGAUACAGUACAGGUGAGUUGGUGUGUGUGUGUUGGGAUGGUAGCAGGUUGAAUAAUACAGUUAAAUACUCUUAGGGUGAUUUGUUCGCAUGGAUUUUGAGAGACCUUCCUAUUGAAAACAACUGCUUGUUCUUGCUGGUUAAGUCAUUCAAUAAAAGUUUUUAAAGUAA